UCUUUAUUGUAUAAUAAGAGAUUUAAGAGGACAAGACAGAAGAAGAGUGAGUUUGGUUAUGGAUUUUGACUCCAAAGUUGGAAAAGGCUGCAAUGUUUGACGGAGCUUUUUAUAUUUUAUCAGAGGGAAUGGAGCUAUAACUCUGACUUACUGCUCCUUUGUCCACGUGGCUGCUUCUUCACCUCAAACACCAUAAACUUUUGGAAUUGUGGUGCUUCAUGUAACUGUUGCAUCAGAGAUCAUUGCAGAUUUGCAGGCGACUUACACUGUUACUGACCUUUCUUCUUUUUCUCUACUCUGUUUUUCUCCCUCUCUCUCUCUCUCUCUCUCUCUCUCUCUUUCCUCUGUUGGUUUGGGUUGAUUCGUAUUUUGUUUGUAGACUAGCUGUAUCUGAUAAUAAGGGAAGAGGAUGGCUGGUGACGAUGGAAAGCACCUUUCAUGAAUUUUGAGGGGUAUGAGGUAUGGUUUACAUAUGCAUCAACUAAGAAGAGAGCUAGUAGCUGAUGAAGCAGUUGAUUUAGUGGGUUCUAGCUAGGUGGUAUCAGCAGAAGGAAAAAAAAAAGAGACAAGGUUGGCAUGUUUAGGAUUGUCCGGGACUCGGAUAAUAUUUCAGGGCUGCCUAUUGAAGAGAUUAUCCAGCCAAAGAUGAAUGCAGACAAUGACAACAAGGAACAGUUGUUUGAUUUAGGACUUGCUCUGGGUUAUUCUAGUCAGUGCAUUGGGAAAGCAUUGAACAAUGAUUCAGGUGCAGGUGCAAAUGCAGGUUCAAGGGUAGACAUGACACUUGUAGCCACUGAUCCCCUGUCUGAACUAGUUUGGUCUCCUCAUAACGGUUUGAGUCUCAAGUGUGCUGAAAACAGUACGAAUGAGAAGAGGCCCUCUCUUUUAUGGGGUGCAGGACCGAGCAAUAUGAUUUAUUCACCACCACAAGGCAUUACAGCCAGGAAAACUAUUUCUGAUGAGCCUAUGGGUGAGGGAAAUUUGGUUACCUCACAAGCAACACUUCAUGUGAAGAAUGAAAUGGGUGAAACAGAGAUUUUGACCUGUUCUCCUAGGAGCAAUGCUGGCAUCAUGACAGUACAUGGAUCAAGUCAUGAACCCAAUGCAGGUACUAGAGAUAACAAUGACAAAAUGAUGGUGGCAGUGAAAGUAUCUGCCCUAGAUGUUAAUCAAGAGCGGGAUCAAGGAGACAAUGAAGAAAAAGGCAUAUAUGUUCCUGUCCAUAUUCCAAUGGAUGUUACUUCUGAGGCCAGAGGGAAAAAGGUUUCAGGUUUCUCAGGAAUGGAACUUGGAUGUAUGGCGGACUCUCUAUCAUUCAAAAUGAAUGAAACUGAACCUGAUAUGGCACAAAUUGAACCCUUGCCUAUGCAGCUCAAGAAAAUGAUAAGCUCUAAUCCCAAUGGUGGAAUUGAAGAUGAUGGUAGCGGUAAUCAAACAUUGGGAAUGGAAGUUGUUUUGACUACUGAAGUUCCUCUGGUGAAACGGUGUAAAACUCCUGAUACUCCAGUGCUGAAUUCAACAUCUCCAUUCAGAAGAGAUGAGGGUUUAUCUUUAGCUAUUAAAGAAGAGAGCAAUAAUGAAAUGAAGACACCUGGUUCUACUAGUACCCCUCUUGAGAAACUAGAGUCAGCUGCUGAAAAUGAUUUACGAACUCAGACUGGUGAAAAUGCUUGUGGUGCAGUGAGUAAGAUAAUGGCAUCAUCAUCUGACCAUGAUGUUAAAAUCAUCUCUCAGCAAGAUGAAGGGUUGCGUCCUAAGGCCAAGGCUCUUCCUGUUAAUAAUUCUCCAAAUGAGAGUGGAAUGUAUAGGCAUCGAAGGAAAGGAAAAGGAAAAGGAAAAGCUUUAUCUGAUGAUUAUCGUAGUGGAAGAAAGUCAAACAAAGAAGAUGACAGUGAUGAGAGUGUUGAAAGUUGUAAUAGUGCUGCUUUAUUUUCAACAGGAAAAAAACGGUGGGGCUAUGAACAACAGUUGAUAACUGGCAGUAAAAGAAUCCGAAAACAAAUUAAUGGAAGUCCUGGCUCCACAUCCUUUGUCAGACAAGACAGCUCUUUUAUGAGCUGGAUAUCAAACAUGAUGAAAGGGCUAUCCAAAUCUAAUCAAGACGAGACACCUUCUCUUGCUCUAACCCUUGCACGUCCUAAUCAUGAUAAUUAUGAUCAGAAGCUUGUAACAUGUAACAAAAACCAAGACCCUGGGUGCAGAAAUAUAGGUUUCCAAUCUAUUUUUCAGUCCCUAUAUUGUCCAAUCACAAAGGUACAGGAAUCAAGAACCUUGAAUGCUGAUAACCAAACAGGGGAAGGAUCCAAAGAAUUUUGUCUGGCUAACAAGCUAUGUGAUGUCAAUAUUACUCCAAUAGCUUGUCAUGGGGAGAAUAAAAGCUUCAAAAAUGCACUCCUAUCAAAUGAGAAGUUUAACCAAUCCACAUUUGGAAACAGAGCAGGCCCUUCAACCCAGCCUAAAGUUCUGUCUGCCAAAUUUGCUGCCAGUCAAGAGAACUACAAGACCAGCUCUUUUGAGAAUAGAAGUGCAUCCAAUCCAGUGUGCAGUACAAAGAAAGAUGGAGUGAGCUCCUCCAGUUCCUCUCUGGGUAAACGAAAGGCCAACAGUGCUGAGAAUAAUGACUCUGAUCCACCAUCUGAAGGAAAGACAAUUCAUAAUUUUGGUUAUAAAAGUGAUCUUCUGGGAAGCCUGUGGGUAACUCGGUUUUCUCCUAAAACUUCAAGCCCCACUUUUAAAGUAGACCACUGCAACCAGAAUACAGGUGGAGCUACUGAAUUGUCCACUGAUUGCAUGGGGCUUAUUCCUUAUUCUCAGAAUCGUUUUGAUUCUUGUAAGGGCCUGAAAAUUUUAGGGACCAGGGAGUAUUGCACUGAAGAACCAUUGACUAUUGUUGGUGCAGAAUUACAGAAUUGUUCUGGAGGUACUGAGGUUUCCUUUGGGUUCAAAAAAAAUAAUGUGCAUAACAAUCAGAAUUCCAUAUAUAAACUGAACCCUAAUUCACCUUCGCAAAGAUUCAAAAGUUCAGAGGCAAUGGCUUCCCUCUUUGCUAGGAGAUUUAAUGCCCUCAAAAACAUUAUAACAUUGAAUCAAACAGAUACCGAAGCUCGGGCAACUCCAACCUGUUUCUUUUGUGGCAUAAGAGGUCACAGUAUACAUGACUGCUCAGAAAUAAAGGAAACCGAGCUGGAGGAUCUUCUAAGAAAUAACAAUUUAAAUCUUGGGGCAGAAGAACCACCCUGUUUUUGCAUUAGAUGUUUUCAGCUCAAUCAUUGGGCUGUUGCAUGUCCCAGUGUCUUGAAAAGGCAAAAUCAAUCAGAAUGUGGUGCUUCUUUGGUUAACCGAUGUAGUUCUGGUAUGAUGCUGCAUGAUACUGGAGACAAAAGAAAUGGGAAGCUGCUGGGAAGUAAGGAAAAUCCACCCCAAGUUGCUGCUGCAUUUGGAGUUUGCAGUGGGAGAAAGCCUACAAUGCAAAUUGGCUGUAGUUUGAACAAGAAGGGGAAUGGAAAUAUGACCGCUGUCAAAUUGUUUUCGAAUUCAAAUCUGGUACAAAAAUAUACCGCUUCAAGUUCUGGGGAAAUUGAGUCAAAAGAACAUCAGAUAAUUCCUUUGUGCAAUUUUGUCAAUCCACAGAUUUCAGAUGUACCAAAAGGAAUCUUUGAUGCAAUAAAGAGGCUUCGUUUGUCUCGCGGGGAUAUACUCAAAUGGAUGAAUUCCGUUUUCCCAUUCUCACAUCUCAAUGGUUUUUUCCUGCGCUUGCGGCUUGGGAAGUGGGAAGAAGGGCUAGGGGGAACAGGCUAUUAUGUGGCUUGUAUAUCUGGGGCACAAAAAGAAAUACCUUCACAAAGUUCCAAAAAUCUAAUCGCUGUGAACAUCGGGGGUGUCAAGUGCUUGGUCCAAAGUCAAUACAUCUCUAAUCAUGAUUUCCUUGAGGAUGAGCUUAUGGCGUGGUGGGGCGCAACCACCAGAGCUGGUGGCAAGAUUCCAUCUGAAGAAGAUCUGAAAGUGAAACUUGAAGAGAGAAAGAAGUUUGGCUUUUAGGCAUUUGGGAUGGGUGUCCCCAAUUUCUGCUGGCAUAAACCAUUUAAAAAUAUAAAGAAAAUAACAUCUGUGAAUAGAAUUUUUGAAGUUAUCUAAUUUGCUUGUAUAGUUCAGUGAUAUUCAAGAAUUUAGAAAAUCAUUUCCAAUAUAGCAACAAUUUUUUUUUUCUUUUUUGAAAAAAAAAAAAAUGAUUAUAGGGGUGUAUUGGUUUUCCACGAAUUGGUUGAAUUUGAGAUUGGAAUAUUGCUUGUUGUGUGUCCUUUAGA